UCAACAGUAGCAAAAUAGACAUCUGGCAAAUUUGUAUGACGCUGAAAAUAUACUUUCUUUGGCUCGAUAUACGAUCCAGAAAAAUUAUUUAAUAUACAAUUAAUUUACAACUACCGUUAGCAUUUGGGAUAUCAUUUAAUUGUACAACCAUUUGUCUCAGAAAACACGGAACUGUGGUUGUGGACAUAGAGGUGUAACUGUAAACAACAGAGCACUGUUUAAAUAGUAGCUAGGAAGCGUAACACACACACAACCAUGGCUGAUCCGGCAAUUGAAACUGAUCCAGACGCUGGUGAAUAUUCCGUAGAACGUAUUGAAGACAAGCGGGUCAUAAAUGGCAAGACUGAAUACUAUCUAAAGUGGAAGGGUUAUCCUCGUAGUGAAAACACAUGGGAACCGGAAGAGAAUCUCGACUGCCCUGAUCUAAUUGCAGCUUAUGAAGAAUCAAUAAAACCCAAGAAACCCGAUGCAAAGAAACGCUCUUCUACGGCCCCAGCCGGUGAGCCCAAAACUAAACGGAAAUUAGCCGAAGAGGAAAAGGAUAAUCGAAAAACAGUGGGUUUUGAUCGUGGUCUUGAGCCAUCGAAAAUUCUGGGUGCCACAGAUUCUUCGGGCGAACUAAUGUUCCUUAUGAAAUGGAAGGGCAGCGAUGAGGCAGAUUUGGUUCCCGCGAAACAAGCCAAUGUACGCUGUCCACAAAUUGUCAUACAGUUCUACGAAGAGCGACUAACUUGGCACACACCCAGUACCGACGAUGACAAAAACUCCACCAGCAAGGAGAAUUCAGCAGCUGAUUAGGCCGGCCGUGUCACAAAAUAGGCAUAUAAAACCCCUAGAUAUUAAGCAUCGUAUUAAGUGCAUAUUUUCUUGCAAUACAAACAAACGAACUCAAGACACACACACACAAAUAAAACAUUCGACUUUUCCCAAAUGUGAAAUUUAAAGUAA